AGCGAUUUAGAAUGUAAAUUAUGUAAAAAGAUCUAUAAACGACCUUCAAGCUUAGCUAAGCACGAACAAUUAAUUCAAGAUGCCAAUAUUAUAAGAUCAACUAUAUAUGAUUUGCCUGAAGAGGCUAUUGAAAAAACACGUAAUAUGUUAGUUUAUCAUAUAAAAGAGAGACUAAAACAACAUUCAAAAUAUGCUAGAAAUGUUCGCAUUAUGUGUCUUCAAGAAUCUAAUUCUCAUCAAGAAUCUAAUCCUCAUCAAGAAUCUAAUCCGUUUCAAGAAUCUGAUCCUCUUCAAGAAUUUGAUCCUCUUCAAGAAUAUGAUUCUCUUCAAGUAUCUGAUUCUUUUCAAAAACCUGAUCCUCUUCAAGAAUCUA